AGCUCAGCUUUUGAGACGCAAGUCUGCUGAAAUUCCCGGCUGAACAAAGCUCCUUCCUAAUUUAACCCGGCGUCUGAGUUUUGUCUAUGGCUCAUCCUGCUACAUUUCUUGGUUCCCUGACUGGGAAGCGAGGUGAUUGGUGGACGGUAGAGGCAGCCCCUUAGGCAACUUAGGCCUGCCCUAUGAAGCAUACCUGCAGGGGACCCUGACCAGCCUGAGUGAUGUGGAUCCAAAGAGUGCUCCCAGGUAGGCAAUUGCCCCGGUAGGACGCCUUGCCAGAGCAGUAUAUGGCAGGCCCCCGUGAGGAUCAACACAGUCACUGAACACCAGGAAGGAGUUGACACUUGGAGUCCAGACAUCUGAAACUUGUCUUCCAACGUGGGAUGACCCUUGCCAGAUGAUGAUGCCAUGUUCUUCAGCUUUCCAGCCUCUAAAACUGAAGGAUCGAGAUCGAGACCGGGAUCGUGAAGAUCGGUCUAAAGAUCGAGACCGAGAACGCGAUAGAGGAGAUAGAGAGCGGGAGAGGGAGAAAGAAAAGGAGAAGGAGUUGCGAGCUUCAACGAAUGCUAUGCUUAUCAGUGCUGGAUUACCACCUUUAAAAGCUUCCCAUUCAGCUCAUUCAACCCACUCAGCGCAUUCAACGCAUUCGACACAUUCUGCUCAUUCAGCGCACGCCGGACAUGCAGGUCACACGUCACUUCCACAGUGCAUUAAUCCGUUCACCAACUUACCCCAUACUCCUCGAUACUAUGAUAUUCUGAAGAAACGGCUUCAGCUCCCUGUUUGGGAAUACAAGGAUAGGUUUACAGAUAUUCUGGUUAGACAUCAGUCCUUUGUACUGGUUGGUGAGACUGGGUCUGGUAAAACAACACAGAUUCCGCAGUGGUGUGUGGAGUACAUGCGAUCAUUACCAGGACCCAAGAGAGGAGUUGCCUGUACCCAACCCAGGAGAGUGGCUGCAAUGAGUGUGGCUCAGAGAGUUGCUGAUGAAAUGGAUGUGAUGUUGGGCCAGGAAGUUGGUUACUCCAUUCGAUUUGAAGACUGCAGUAGUGCGAAAACCAUUCUUAAGUAUAUGACUGAUGGGAUGUUACUUCGUGAAGCUAUGAAUGAUCCCCUCCUGGAGCGUUAUGGUGUAAUAAUUCUUGAUGAGGCUCAUGAGAGGACACUGGCUACAGAUAUUCUAAUGGGUGUUCUGAAGGAAGUUGUAAGACAGAGAUCAGAUUUAAAGGUUAUAGUUAUGAGCGCUACUCUAGAUGCAGGAAAAUUCCAGAUUUACUUUGAUAACUGUCCUCUCUUAACUAUUCCUGGGCGUACACAUCCUGUUGAGAUCUUUUAUACUCCAGAACCAGAGAGAGAUUAUCUUGAAGCAGCAAUUCGAACAGUUAUCCAGAUUCAUAUGUGUGAAGAGGAAGAGGGAGAUCUUCUUCUUUUCUUAACUGGUCAAGAGGAAAUUGAUGAAGCCUGUAAGAGAAUAAAGCGUGAGGUUGAUGAUUUGGGCCCUGAAGUUGGUGACAUUAAAAUCAUUCCAUUGUAUUCUACACUUCCACCUCAGCAGCAGCAACGCAUUUUUGAGCCUCCACCUCCUAAAAAACAGAAUGGAGCAAUUGGAAGAAAGGUAGUUGUGUCAACUAACAUAGCAGAGACAUCUUUGACAAUAGAUGGUGUGGUGUUUGUGAUUGAUCCUGGAUUUGCGAAACAGAAGGUCUACAAUCCUCGAAUCAGAGUUGAGUCCCUUUUGGUGACAGCUAUUAGUAAAGCGUCAGCUCAACAAAGGGCUGGUCGAGCUGGACGUACCAGACCUGGAAAAUGCUUCAGACUUUACACAGAGAAAGCUUAUAAAACAGAAAUGCAGGAUAACACCUAUCCUGAGAUUUUGCGUUCUAAUUUAGGAUCAGUUGUGUUACAAUUGAAGAAACUUGGUAUUGAUGAUUUGGUACAUUUUGAUUUUAUGGAUCCACCAGCUCCUGAAACUCUGAUGAGAGCCCUGGAACUUUUGAAUUAUCUGGCUGCUUUAAAUGAUGAUGGAGAUCUGACUGAAUUGGGAUCCAUGAUGGCAGAGUUUCCUCUAGAUCCACAGCUCGCAAAAAUGGUUAUUGCAAGUUGUGACUACAACUGUUCUAAUGAGGUCCUAUCUAUUACUGCUAUGUUGUCAGUCCCACAGUGUUUUGUUCGCCCCACGGAGGCCAAGAAAGCCGCAGAUGAGGCCAAGAUGAGAUUUGCCCACAUAGAUGGAGAUCAUCUGACACUGCUGAACGUCUACCAUGCUUUUAAACAAAAUCAUGAAUCGGUUCAGUGGUGUUAUGACAACUUCAUUAACUACAGGUCCCUGAUGUCUGCAGACAAUGUACGCCAGCAGCUAUCUCGAAUUAUGGACAGAUUUAAUUUGCCUCGUCGAAGUACUGACUUUACAAGCAGGGACUAUUAUAUUAAUAUAAGAAAAGCUUUGGUUACUGGGUAUUUUAUGCAGGUGGCACAUUUAGAACGAACAGGGCAUUACCUAACUGUGAAAGACAACCAGGUGGUUCAGUUGCAUCCCUCUACUGUUCUUGACCACAAACCUGAAUGGGUGCUUUAUAAUGAGUUUGUUCUAACAACAAAGAAUUACAUCCGGACAUGUACAGAUAUCAAGCCAGAAUGGUUGGUGAAAAUUGCCCCUCAAUAUUAUGACAUGAGCAAUUUCCCACAGUGUGAAGCAAAAAGACAGUUGGACCGCAUCAUUGCCAAACUUCAAUCCAAGGAAUAUUCACAGUACUGAAUUCAGUGCUUAGAACUGAAGUUAUUGAGAGGACAGCUUUAAAAGAUGAAUGAACUCAAAAGUUCGAGUUGUGCUCUUCACGUUGGUUCGAUAAUGGCCUUUAUUUGAAAGCUUUUUAAUUUUUCUUUACAGUAAAUAUUCCAUUCUGAUUUCAUAAAUUAAACAUUUAUGCCUCCCUUUUGUGUUGACACUGUAGCUCAUACUGGAAAAGUCGAUCAAUGUUUUGCAGUUUAUUGAAAGUAGUUCUAUAUAUAACAAUGUUAUAAGCAUUUCUUUAGAAAUGGUUGAAAAUGCUUCUAAAAUGUGAUUAUCGACCAUGGUAUGCAUGAUCGUUGUAAUUGUUGACAUUCCUUUUAGAAGUUGUGAAAUGUUACAACUUGUGCUUAUGUAGACACAAUCUUCUGUCUCAGUACAGAGGCACUGACUUCAAUAAAGUCUAUUUAUACUAA